UGCUGUGAACUGACGCGACGGGAUCUAGAUGCCCCCAAGGAGAUCUACCGUUGCGACAUUGCCGGGUGUGAGCAGAAGUUUGUGCGCGCAGACCUCUUAGCCCGCCAUAGGAAGCGGCACUCCUCUUCGUACAUUCCUCGGAACCGGAUGCCAAGUUUCAGCGCAACUACGGACUCAUCCCCUCCAGCUACCGCUGUCUUGUCGCCGACCACCACGGCCGAAUCCCGUGCGGCCCUCCCCCGGGUCCCGCACGACGCUGCCAUCUUGCUUGGCCGUGACUCGAACUCGAACUCGAACUCGAACUCGCAACCGUCUCCGUCUCUCCCAAACCCUGACCCGCGCAGGAUGCACCAACACGCCGGCUGGCAUCCCCAACUGCCCGAUAUGGGCGCCUGCAACAUCAUCCGCCCCAAGCCAGGCUACUACCCCCAGCAGGAGCAACGAGUCCCGGAACAGUCCACCCCUAUGCCCUACCACACAGCCGAGUUCCAGCCGGAUGAUAUAUCUCGCGAGAACUUUGCAGUAUGGUUGUUCAACCCUCACGCCCCCUUCGGCGAAUUCAACGUCUCCUCCCAUGUGCCCUUCGUCGACGGUGGCCUGGAGUCGACGCUCAACAACAACAUCCACUAUGACUACGAGUCGCUAACGAGCGGCCGAUCUCAACUGGAGACCCCGACCCGCUUCGUUGAGACCGAUGAGCUCAUCUCCGAGUUUCGCCGCCAGGAGAUACUGCGAUGGUUCCAGGUGUUCCGCCAGAAGCAGCCCAAGGCGGAACCCCUCGUCGCAAACCUCGCCCAUGACGGUAGCGGGGACAUCCCCGCGCUGGGCCUCGAGAUGAUGCGCGACUGUUUGCAGGAGUAUUGGGACCGCGUGUCGCCGCGGCUUCCUAUUGUUCACCAGCCGACCUUCUCGUGCAACCGAUGUUCAAUCUUUCUCCUCAUGGUCAUGGUAGCCCUGGGCGCUGUUUCACUGCGCACCAGGGACGCAACCGGAAACCUAGCCGACUACGGCGGUUUUGCGGACAUGGUCAUCCUCGGGGUGAGGUCCGAGAUUCUCACGGCCGAGGAGGCCCAACCUCCGGUCUCGCUCUGGGUAUCUCAAGCUCUAUUGCUGCUGGAGUUUUACGAAAAGAUGUACUCGUCCCGUCGACUUCACGAACGGGCUCACAUCUACCAUGUCGUUGCGCUCAACCUUCUCCGGCGAGGAAGCCCCCUUAUUGGCCGCUCUGGAAGCGAAUCACCCCCCGAGGUGCCGUCAGCCGAGCAACCACAGGGUGUCGCCCUCGAUUCUCAUACCUGGUGGUGUCGAUGGGCUGAGACCGAAGCAAUGCAUCGUGUCGUCUUUGCCGCAUUCAUGACAGACACCAUCCACGCCGCCAUGUUUGGGCACGCGGCCGACAUGGCGCCUCACGAGAUCAGACUUCCACUCCCCUGUGAUGACAAUAUGUGGACCGCAUCAAAUCCGGACACGGUGCGCCAGCUUGAUCAGAACCUCCGCAUGUAUGGCAUCAGGCCCAUAUCCUUCCUGGACGGCCUCAAGCGUGCCUUGCAUGGCAAGGAAGUCAAGACCCAUUCCUUCGGUCGCAUGAUUAUCAUGUCUGGCCUCUUGAGCGUUGGAUGGCACCUCAGCCACCGAGAGACACAUGAAAAGUGGCUCGAUUUGACCGCCCCGGCCACCGAAACACAUGAGGCAUGGAAGAAGACACUGUUGCGCGCGUUUGACGACUGGAAGCACAGUUUCGACGGUGCUCAAGGUGCAGCGGGGAACUCAAGCCUCGCCGACGCCCCGGGAUCGAAUGGCCCUGUCCAUAGCGCCGCGAUCCUCUACCACUUGGCGCAGAUCAGCUUGCACGUUGAUAUUAUCGACUGCCAAGUGUAUAGUGGCGCCAAACGGUUGCUCGGAAGAAAGGUGUCAGUCAGAGACUACACCAACGUGGUCGCUAGGAUGAGAGCAUGGGCCGCCCUGGCGUCAACUCGCCAUGCCAUCCUACACGCCUUCAAACUCCUUCACCGGGUUCUGGUUGACCCGCGACGGAGUGCAAGCACUGCCGAUCGCGAGCGGCUCGAUAUUGGGCCUGGCGUUGUGAGCCUGCCACCAAUCGAGGUUCAGACGUACUCUUGCCGCACCGAGCCGGACCCGCACCGGCCCUGGGUGAUGUACUACGCAGCCCUGAGCAUCUGGUCCUUUGUACGAGCAAUCAGCCGCCAGGAUGCACUUCAAGAGCCGGCCGGCCAUGCGAGUGGCCCGUUCCGUCCGGGGAAGCCGACUGCUGCCAACUACCGGCGCGUGGCCGCCUACCUGUCCAAUAUCGCGAGCCUUUACGACCUUACUGAGAGUACUGCGAUGAGCCUGGGCGAUGGCUUGCCGGAUUUGCUCGACGUCUUGAGCUCGGUGCUUGCCGAGGCACAUUCCGAGAUACUACAGGAAGCGCAUGAACGGCUGAGAGUGUGCAAGGAGAUGCUCACUAACCCCAGUGGGUGAGAGUGUGGUCAGGUCUCCUGGCCACUUGUCGUUGGCCACGCCGGGACGAAGAUAGCGGCAUUCUCCCUUUCAACACUGGGAGCCCCUCCCGAGUGGGGUAUACACCGGCGAGACAUG